AGCGGAAAGGAUGCCGACCGUCCCUCUGCCACCCAAAGAAAACGCUCUCUUUAAGAGGAUCCUGAGAUGUUAUGAACACAAGCAGUACAGAAAUGGGCUGAAAUUCUGCAAACAGAUUCUCUCCAAUACCAAAUUCUCAGAGCAUGGAGUAAAACGAGACCUGGCUACAUAACCUGAAAGGCUGCUCAUCAAGGAAGAAGCCACUGCUCCAAAACCAACUUAAAAAGCCAGAUUAUAGUUUGCAAGUGCACAUGGGGACAAAGAUGUUACUUUUUGGAGAAAUGUCCUCUGGUCUGAUGAAACAAAAGUUUAACUGUUUGGCCAUAAUGACCAUCGUUAUGUUUGGAGGACAUGGGGUGAGGUUUGCAAGCCGAAGAACACCAUUCCAACUGGGGAGCAUUGGGGUGGCAGCAUCAUGUUGUGAGGGUACUUUGCUGCAGGAGGGACUGGUGCACUUCACUAAAUGGAUGGCAUCAUGAGGAAGGAAAAGUAUUUGGAAAUAUUGAAGCAACAUCUCAAGACAUCAGCCAGGAAGUUAAAGCUCAGUCGCAAAUGGGUCUUCCAAAUGGACAAUGACCCCAAGCAUACCUCCCAAAGUUGUGUCAAAAUGGCUGAAGGGCAACAAAGUCAAGGUAUUGGAGUGGCCAUCACAAAGCCCUGACCUCCAACCGAUCUGAUUUGAUCCGAUUUGUGGGUAGAACUGAAAAAGCAUGUGCGAGCAAGGAGGCUUACAAACCUGACUCAUUUGCAGCAGUUCUGUCUGGAGAAAUGGGCCACAAUUCCAGCUAUUUAUUGCGAGAAGCUUGUGGAAGGCUACCCAAAACGUUUGACGCAGAGACCCUGUCGAUGAAAGGACUGACGCUCAACUGCCUGGGAAAGAAAGAAGAAGCCUAUGAACUUGUCCGAAGAGGCCUCAGAAACGACCUGAAGAGCCAUGUCUGUUGGCACGUGUACGGCCUGCUCCAGAGGUCUGACAAAAAGUAUGAUGAGGCUAUUAAGUGCUACAGGAAUGCAUUGAAAUGGGACAAAGACAACUUGCAGAUUCUUCGAGAUCUCUCACUGCUGCAGAUCCAGAUGAGAGAUCUGGAGGGUUACAGGGAGACCCGAUAUCAGCUGCUACAAUUGCGGCCAGGCCAGCGAGCAUCAUGGAUUGGUUAUGCCAUCGCAUAUCACCUCUUAGAGGACUAUGAGAUGGCUGCCAAAAUCAUUGAGGAGUUUAGAAAAACACAACAGACGUCCCCUGAUAAGAUGGAUUAUGAGUACAGUGAGCUGCUGUUGUAUCAGAAUCAGGUCCUGAGGGAAGCAGGGCUGUGGAAAGAAGCGCUGGAGCAUCUCACCAACUACGAGAAACAGAUCUGUGAUAAACUGGCCGUGGAGGAGACCAAAGGAGAGCUGCUGUUGAAUCUGGAACGGUUUGAGGAGGCAGCAGAUGUGUACAGAAGACUACAGGAGAGAAAUCCUGAGAACUGGUCUUAUUAUCAUGGCCUGGAGAAAGCCCUCAAACCUGUGAGCACAGAAGAGAAGCUGAAGAUCUAUGAGGAGGCCUGGGAGAAAUACCCUAAAGGCCUUGUACCUCGUAGACUACCACUCAGCUUCCUGUCUGGAGAUAUGUUUCGGGAGUGUCUGGAUAGAUAUUUAAGAAUUAACUUUAGUAAGGGCUGUCCACCAGUCUUUACCACACUAAGAUCUCUCUAUCAGGACAAAGAGAAGAUGUCAAUAAUUGAAGAAUUAGUUGUUGGGUUUGAAACAUCUUUACGUAGCUGCCAAAUGUUCUGUCCAGAUGAUGAUGGCAAGGAAGAGCCGCCCACAACAUUACUGUGGGUGCAGUAUUUUCUGGCUCAGCACUAUGAUCAGAUUGGCCAGCACACCAUGGCUCUCGAAUACAUCAAUGCUGGCAUUGAGAGCACACCUACACUCAUUGAGCUCUUCCUUGUUAAAGCCAAGAUAUACAAGCAUGCUGGGAAUAUUCGGGAAGCAGCUCGCUGGAUGGAUGAAGCUCAGGCUCUGGAUACAGCUGACCGUUUCAUAAACUCUAAAUGUGCCAAGUACCUGCUUAAAGCAGGCUUGAUCAAAGAGGCUGAAGAAAUGUGUGCCAAGUUCACAAGGGAAAGAGCAUCUGCAGUAGAGAAUCUAAAUGAGAUGCAGUGUAUGUGGUUCCAGACUGAAUGUGCUCUGGCCUAUAAAUCCAUGAACAAAUGUGGAGAAGCAUUAAAAAAAUGCCAUGAGAUUGAGAGGCACUUUGUAGAGAUAACAGAUGACCAGUUUGACUUCCAUACGUACUGCAUGCGGAAGAUGACGUUACGCUCUUACGUGGACCUGCUAAAACUAGAGGACGUGUUACGUAUGCACCCGUUCUACUUCAAAGCCUCAUACACCGCCAUCCAAAUCUACCUCAACCUGCACGAUAACCCACUAACCGAUGAUAGCAAGGAACUGCAGGCUGAUACUGAGAACCUGACUGACAAAGAGCUGAAAAAGUUAAGGAAUAAGCAGCGGCGAGCUCAGAAGAAAGCACAGUUGGAAGAAGAAAAAAAGAAUGCAGAGAAAGAGAAACAGUUAAAGAACCAGAAAAAGAAAAAGGAGGAGGAUGACGAGGAGAUCGGAGGACCUAAAGAGGAACUCAUACCAGAGAAACUGGCCAGGGUGGAGAACCCAUUAGAUGAAGCUGUAAAGUUUCUGACACCCUUAAAAAGCCUGGUGAAGAAUAAAAUAGACACACACCUUCUGGCCUUUGAGAUCUAUUUUAGGAAAGAAAAGUUCUUAUUAAUGUUGCAAUCCGUUAAGAGGGCUUAUGCCAUAGACCCAGACCAUCCCUGGCUUCACCAGUGUCUGGUGCGCUUCUUUAAAGAAGUGUCUGAAAGCAAAGACCUAGUAGAAUCAGUGAGCAUGGUGCUGAGACAGGAAAUCUCCAGGCUGUUUGGAGACAGUAAUGCCAAGAGCUUCAACCAGACCUUCCUCACGAAGCACUCCAGUUCCAUCCCACAUAGAGUAGCAGCUGCCAAAAUGAUGUUCUACUUAGACCCUUCAACUCAGAAGAAAGCAGUAGAACUUGCUACAGCACUUGAUGAAUCACUGAACAACAGAAGUGUUCAGAUCUGCACAGAGGCUUUAGAAAGCCUCCAUGACGGUAGUUUUGGAGAUGCCAAGGAGAUUGCAGAGUUAUACCGGGUGCAGUGUCAUAAGAUCUACCCCUAUACGCUGACCUUCAUGACCCCAGGAUAUGAGGAAAACAUGAAGAUUGCGGUCAAUGGUAAUGUCUCCACAGAAACUGAGGAGCUGGCCAAUAACAUAUGAACAUCUGAAGGGGGUUGAAGGAAUGAGAGAGGUGGAAUGGGGAAGCGGUGCAUCACCGCCACUGUUGAUCACCUGUGACGGUUGCCAUUGACUACUGCAAUUCUGUGAGGAACUUCCUGUGAUCUACACCCCCUGAGAUUGCAGAUUGGACAGAGACAAUGACUGUGUUUUGAAUGUAGGAUGAAGAGGAGGGGCGUGGGUUGGGGGAGACGAGAACAAAAUGCCCAUUUUACAUUUUUAACCUUGCUGAUGAUGACUCUAACUAAAAACUAGUCAAACAUGCAUCCCAUCUUGAACUACAGUAUGUCUGAAUGCAAACUGUGCAAUGGCGAGAACAAAUCCCAUAGUCAACAAACCAAGCAAGACAAAUGCACUCAAACUCUUCUUUCUCCUGUUUUAAAAGAGUAAUUUAUAUGAAAAAUAAAAGC